AUGAGAAGGAUACGAGUUCUGAUGUUACUCACAACUUUAAAAAAGUUGCAGCUAUUUCUCCUACAGCUUGACGAAUCGACUGGUAUAGUUGAUACAGCUCAGUUGACCGUUUUUUCAAGAGUGGUGUUUGAUAAUUUCGAAAUAGGAGAGGAGCUGGUAAAGAUUAUAUCAUUAAUAGGACGCACUACAGAACAGGACAUAUUUUUAGGAGUUAAAGAUCUUAUUAACUCUGGAACUAUUCCUAUAAAUGCGUUGGUGGGCUUUGCAAAUGAUGAAGCUUCUGUGAUGGUAGGCAAAGAAAAGAUAUUCGAAACCCUUUGUGACACAAAUGGUGAAUUACAUGUUGAAAGCUCUACUCGUUUUCAAGAUUCUGCAGAUGAUGAUUACAGGCAUUUACCAGCAUUGGUUAUUUACAUAGUAGAACCUUUUACAUUUGCACAAUAUGACUCAAACUUGUAUCGUUUAGUGACAUUGGGUCUUUUACAUUCUUAUGCUGACAUGCUUCCUGAUUUACCUGAGGCAACUAGAAACUCCAUGCAUUUGCAGCUUUUAAGCCUUGAUGCCAUAAUGUGCUUUGGAAGCUCUUCUGGACAACGUAAAGAUGAAAUCAAAACUUUGGCAUUAUCAGUUUUUUCACAGUCGCAUCAUUUAGUUACACAUCAGUCAUCUGUGAAAUCUUUGACAGGUUUUGGUCCUGCAGCAGCUGAAAAGGCUUUUAUAAAUAGUAAAAAAGACAAAAUGGAGCAGCCAAUGAAAAUGUAUAAUCGGCCAUUUAUCCUAGCAUCUGUUAAAGAUAAACAAGCUGAAUUGGGAGAAAUGUUUGGUGACAGACGGGAAAAUUCGGGUGUACUGUAUUGUUCAUAUUGUUUAACAAAAGACAAGAGAUUCAUAUUAGCAUGUUGCACCAAUGAUAAAGGAGAAUUUACAGAAACUAAUGUUAUUAAUGUUAAUAUUCCAAACAGAAAUAAGAGAAAACAAACAUCUGUACGAAAGUUUGGUCUUCGCAAAUUACUAGAUUUCAUCCUAGAAGUAAUAUCUGCCUCUUCACAUCCCUGGCGUUUAAUCAUUGCUCGUUUUGGAAGACUUGGUCAUGGAGAACUGAAAGCUUGGGCGUCACUUCUGAGCAGAAAAUCUUUACAAUCAUAUGCAAGGCAUCUAAAAGAACUGUGUGGUGAAUGUGCAAUUUCUGGUAUUGGGGAUACUCCAUCUAUCCUUUCUGUUUGUCUCGUAUCGCUUGAACCAGAUUCUAGCCUUAGAUUAAUGUCUGACCAGUUUACAUUAGAUGAUCAUUUUAAUAAUAUCCGACAGCAGAUGUACAGUCGAACCAGCCCGGAUAAUUCAACAUACACUCAUAUUCUUGUAUUUCCAACAUCUGCAACUACACAGUCAUCUCAAGCAACUUUUCCAUCAGAAGAUAUUGAUCCUUUACCUGGAGGACUGGAUGAAGGUCUUUUUGAGGGCUUAAAUGAUAAUGACAUAACUGGGCCUGACAUAAAUGAUAUUUUUAAGUGGACAGAGAGUCCUCAAAGUCCAGAGGGUUCACCACAUCGAGAUAGCAAUUCUCAACCAGCUAGUCCUAAUACUUCAUUCAGGUUAAGUUCAUCUAAUCAUGGUGGUCCAAAUAGGUGUGAUAGUAUGUCUGAAAAUACAGAUGAACCAUUGCAACUCCUACAGCAGCCUCUGGCUUUGGGCUAUUUUGUUUCAACUGCAAAGACUGGACUCUUACCCAAAUGGUUCUGGUCAUCUUGUCCUCAUUUAGAGGAUAAAUCACCUGUCUUUCUGAAGUCUGCAUUGCUCAUCCAUUUGCCAUUUGUUCAACAAAAUUCUGAUGAUUUACUUCAUCAUAAUUCCCAGCAGCAAUCAACAUGUCAUCCUCUGGACUCAAACUAUACUAGUGAUGUUUUAAGGUUUGUAUUAGAAGGAUACAAUGCAUUAUCUUGGCUUGUUCCGGAUCCUAAAUAUCAUGAUAGACGUUCAUGUUUACCUCUUCAUAUACAAAUUUUAAUGCAGCUGUAUAACAUUGUGGAAGCAAUUUUGUGAUAUUAAUCAGUAGGUUCUGUAAUAUGGUAUUUUGAAAUGUGUACAGCGGUUUCUCAAGUUUUUUAGUGGCAAAUAUUUUAAAAAGAGAUGUUUUUAUGAAACAGAUAUGCUGUAUAUUUAUGGCUGAUAUUAUGUAAUAUAUUUGAAAAUUAUAUAAUCUAUUUUUAAAAAAUUAUUAUUUAUUUGGCUGUUUAAAUUGCUUUUAAAUAACUUUUUAAAAGUGUAGAUGCUAAGUCAGUGAGGUAAAAUUGAUUAUUACUCUCAGGGUAUAUCCAUUUCAAAAAUUGGUUUGAGAAAUAUGUUGCUGCUUAUAGGUAUAUGAUAUUCAAUUCUUAAUAAAAUUACCAUAAAUUACUCAGAGUUGCUAUUAGAGUUUAGAAAAUAUAUUUUUCGAAUGUUAAAUAAAAUGUAUAUAACUGAAGUUAUAUUUUCAAACAUUUAUUUGUAAAACUUGUUGCUGAUUUAUUGUUAUCUGUAUUGAUUUGUUUUGCUGUUAAAUGUAUUGUUAUUUUGUUAGUUAGCUUUUGCCAUUAACUCGAUUUUAUUUUAUAUUUCUCAUUGAAAGAAACUGUGUAUUUGAAAUAAUUUAAGGUUGUUACAAAUGACAAAAAUGUGCCAGUGAAUAGUAAUAAAACUGAAUCAAAUAAUUUUCUUCUUUACCUUUAUUAAAUGAUAAAUUAUGUAAUUGUUAAAAUGUUUAAUAUUAAGUUAAUAUAUAUUUCUGUAUAUUAUGUUAAUAAAGUGUAAAUAUAUAUUUUAAAAAUACAGCCAACCUUAAUUAUUAAAUAGAAGAAAAUCAUUUUAUGUAUGAAGUCUUAGAAAAUUAAUCUUUAGCAGUGAGCACUGAAAGCAAUAUAUUUAAUUUAUCCAUAAACUUAAGUUGCAUUAGCUUAAUUUUGAAUUUAAUUAAAAAAUAAUAAGACCAAUUUCAAAUGAAAUUAAUUGAAUCUCAUUGAGUCAGAAGUAUAAUAAUUUCCUACAUGUCUAUCUUUAUCAUAUUGUUUAUUAGUUUGCUGAAUAAGUAGAAAAUAAUGUAAAGAUAUGAAAAUUGUUGACAAUUUUUAAUACUUUAGUUUGUAUUGUAUUCAGCAGACUCAUCACUUUUAAAAAUAUCAUCUUUGAUUCCCGUGAUGGUGUAGACAGAAAAUUAAACUUCUUUUAUUGGAAGCUGCACUGUCCUUAGCAAUAAAGGUUCUGCCUUACGGAUUGUCAUAUUUAAGUAUAUGGUAUUAAUUCUGUUUACUACUUUUUUAUAAUUUUUAUGUUAAGUCAACAACAUGUAAUGUUUAAAUUCAAAAGAUUUGAUUAUAUUAAAUGCAUGUAUUAAAAUAUUCUAGUGAUUUAAGUAUUUUAUAAAAUUCAAAAAUUAUUUAACAAAAAUAAUAUUGAAGACCACCUUUACAUAUAAAGGUAGUUUUUCAAUACUAAAGAAUAUAGUAUUUGUAUAAUUGUAAAAAUUGUAUAGUAUUUCUUUUUAUAUUAUUAUUUCUGUUUAAGUUUUCAAUUAUUAGGUACUUCAUAUAUAUAUAAGGUAAAGAAUCAACAGGAAUGGGAAUGUGAUAUGGAUCAGUUGGGAAAUUAAGAAAUAGAUUGUAAUGAAAGAUCAUUAAAUAACUAAGGUUGGCUAUGUUAAUUCUGUCAUUAGCAAUUAAGGGGGAAAAAAGAAAGUUUUAAGUCAAUAAUAUAUAUUCAAUUUCUAUAUAAUGAUGAAAUGAACUGAAAUAAAUACUUCUAGAGAAAUGGGCAAAAAGAAAUUAACUGUCAUCCCAUUUGUCUCUUGAUGAACACAGAGAACAAAUAACUGAAAAAAGUAUCCUUUCUGUAGUAUUAUUUUAUGUGUAAAGUUUUUUCCUAACAUAAAUAUACAAAGUUUGUAAAAUUAUAAUUUUCAUGGUUUUAGAUUUAGAACAUAAUGUUACAGAAUAGAAAAGAAAAGUUCAAAAGUUUCAUUAAAUGUAUUCUGAAAAUGGGCUAAGACAAAUUCCUCAAGUUUUAAAAAGAAAAUUUUUCUUAAGUGUGUAUUAGGUUUAUUAUUUUAUUAGUCUCAUUUCAAUUAGAUGUCUAAACACAUUGGGUGGAUCUCGCAGCUGAAGUUGUUGAUGCUGAGAAUCUCUUAAGCAUUGUAUUUUUACCCUCACUUUUUUUUUUUUUUUUUUUUUUUUUUAGAUAAAUAUUUUUAAAAUUAUAAACCCUAUCAUUUUAAAAUCAUGGGACUUUUAUUAAUAUUUUUUUCCAAGUAUCCCAAACAAAAUAAUAUUUUAGAUUUAGAAAUAAAACUGAGAUUUUGGAUAUUACAUUUUUAAUGAACAAAUUCCAAGUGCCAAAACUUUCUACUUAUGGAAUUUGAAAUUAAUAAAACUAUUUGAUAUAACUAAAAAAAUGUUAUUGAGAAGCUUGUCGUUACUCACGUAAUGCAUGAUGUCUGCUAGAACAAUAUAUAUCUGUUUCCAAUUUUGUGGACAAAAUGAAAAAACUGUGUGGAAGUAUCAUUAUUUUACGAAAUAGGGUCAUUUUGGAUUGUUCAUAUGGUAAAUAAGUUAUGCAGAAUCUCUGCAUGUCUGUUUUAAUGGAUGAACAUGAGUAAUGUAGUCAAGCUUUAUUGUGAUAUAAUGGUUGUAUAAUGCUGUAAUAAAAGUUGUAAUAAUCUCCGUAAUAUUAAAGAAAAGAUACAUGUAAUUAUGUUGUUAGUAACAUUGUAACAGUGACAUUAAACAUGAUAGUCGGGAGUAAUUUAAGUAUACCGUAACCAUCUGUUUUAUUAAUUAUAUGUAUAAUUCCUUUUCAGCUGAUUAGGUGCUUGUUUUCAACUUUAAUAAUUAUGUUGUCACACUCUAUCUCUGUCAGUAAGUACAAUUAGAUAGCUGGAUAGUACAUUGUUUUAUGUUUUCUGAGUGACAUGCAAUUAUUUAUUGUUAAUAAUUUUGAGUUACCUUAGACAUCCAAAAUGAAGAUUCUAUAUGCCUAAUAUUACAAUCAUUAAUAUUUCUAUUCAUUUUAAUGUUUGUUAUAUAUAUAUUAUAUUCUAUUCUAUAUAAUUAUUUUGUUUGACGUUGGGUAGAAGACCAGUGUCUUAGAAAUUUGGAUGUAAGGAAUGAAGUGGAGUGCAAGCUUCAUUUGAUAUUUUAUUCCCCCCCUUUUUUUAAAUAUUAAAAUCUUAUAGUUUUCAUCUUGCACUUUUAAUUCAUUGUUGUGUAAAAACAUUAAUUUGAAAUUUAUAUGAUAUGAAAAUGUAUAAAAAUUAAUGAAAAGAAAUAAAAAUAUAAUUACUGAUAUACUAUAUUGUAUGUACAUUCUUAUGGACUAUUAUGAAAAGCAAAGGUCAGUUUUUAGAUUGUGUUCAUAUAAUCCAAGCAUAUUUAAAUUUGCUAGUGUGUUAAUAAGCUUGAGUCACAUUUGGAUGCUUACGACUGAAGAUUUAUUAGUUGAUAAUUGUGAUUCAGCAGUAUCUGUUAUAAAAUUUAUUUAGAGAAAACAUAUUAGCUUUUUAAUGAAAUACAUUUUAAAAUAUGAGAGUUUUAAAACAUUGUCUCUUUAAAUUUUAUAUCUGUGUAUGUGUACUUGUAUGUGGGUAUUUUUCUUUUCUCAUGGUAAUUCUUAAAAUAUUAAUUACUACUAUUUCUAUUGUAGCAUUUCUUUUCUGUACUUAACUGCAGUUAUGUAACUAUUAUGCAGCUUCACUGCAAAAUCUGUUUGCUGAUAUUUACAUUAUCAUCUUGAUAUAUUUCAUAUAACUUCUUGCUCAUGUUAUAAAUUUUCCAUUAGCACAAAAGGUUAUCCAUUGAAUUGUUUUCAUUAUAUGCACAUCUGUAGAAUCUGUUAUUAAAGCAUCUAUGAUUAGUUUAUUAACUUAACAUAUUUUAUUAAGAAUUUCUUUUUAAGAAAUUAAAAAACAUGAGCAGUGCUUUGCUUCGAUAAGCAGGUUAAGAUUAAUAUUUUAGCUGCGUCUGAAAGAUGAGAAGAGAAAACUAUGGCAUCUUAUUAAAGGUAAAAAUAAUUGUAAUAAUCAAGAUCAGUGGUAUUCAAACAUUAUGGCAGUGUGACACCCACAAAAAUGCAAACAGUCAAAAACGAUUUUGCGACUGCUAUCAGAGCAUUGACCAUUACUUAUAUUCUACAACUUAUUGCUUGUUAUAUAUAUAUAUAUAUAAAUAACUCAGAUUUUAGGAUUAUUAUAUAUAUAUAUAUAUAUAUAUAUAUAUAUAUAUAAACUCAGAUUUUUAUCCAUCUUGCAACCCCAAACAUAGUCAUGACCCAUAGUUUAUAUACCACUGGUCUGGAACAUAUAACUUAUGACUGAGUGUAAUAUAUAUAGUUAUAAAUUGUUUUAUCAUUAUAUAAAAAUAUAUGGUUAAAAUGAUGAUAAAAAAUCAUUAAUUAUUAUUAAAUUUAAUUAAUUAUUUAUUCAAUUAAACUUUGUUCAUAAAUUUAAAUUGUUCCUGAAGGCUCUCUGUGAUCCAAAGUGUUUGUAAAUCAGAACUAUGUUUCCAUAGGAAUUACUAUAAAAUGAGUUAAUCUGUUCCUAGACCUGCUUAUUCAGAAUUUUCAACAGUACUUUGUGCACAAGGUCAUAACAUAAAAUGAAUAUAAAUCAUUAAAUCUAAGUUGAGAAAGACAAAUUCAGUGCUAAACAAAUAUUAUUUUAUUAUUUAGCACUUACUUUAAUUUGACUUGUACUUACUUUGAUUUUUACUUUAAUUUGACUGUAUCUGUACAAAGAAGAAAGGAUAGCAUAAAAACAAUUAGGUACAUGUCUUUCUGAGGCUUCAUCUUUUAUCCUUUCUUUGUCGCUUAGCAUAAUUUAACUGUGCUUAACCCCCAUUUCUGUGAAAAUUUGGACAACAUGAUUUGUUGUUGUUUAUGUUUAAAAAUAUUUAGGUAAGAUAUGGCAUUAUCAUAAAAAAUUCUUGUGCUGUAGCUUGCUGCUAUCAUUACGUGAAACUUUGAACCUUUUCCGCUUUUAUAAAAAAUUUGUGGAUCAAAGAAAUAGAUUCAUUUUCCCUUCCUUCUUUCUUUGAAGGUCUUACCUCCAUGACUGCCUUCUGUUUGUUAUUGUUUCUGAAGUUGCCAUGAUUCUUUCUUACUGAGCUCAUUUAUAUGGUCCUCUAAUAAUUCCUCUACAUCUUCAUUAUCAACUUGUAAGCUCAUAGGUUGCUUAGGCAUGCCAUAGCUAUAGAUAAGAAAAUAAAACAUCCUCCAAGCCCUCAAUAUCUCUGUUUGCAACAGAGUUUAGCAUAAUUUCCUGCAGGCGAAUUCAUGGUCCUGUUAGUCACUUGCUGUUAGGCUUUGUGAAGCGACAGAAAUUAUUAAAAUGUUUCCAGACCUACCAAGGGUUAAUUCUGUGGCACAAGUUAUCUCAAAAUGCAUUUGAAAAUUGUUAGUUUCUAACUUUUGGUUUUGAACGCAAGUCAGUGUUCGUCAUCUGAGGUUUUCCCCCAUGAACAGAAUUGUUUAGGAUCUUUGUUCCCACUGUAUAUAGAUGUUUAAAUGUGCAUGUUUCAUUUGUGAAAAUUAUGUACAGUAAUUACCAGUGUCAUUAUAUCUAGCAGCAUUAUGAUGCCUAUAACUAUUGCAUAAUUAAAGCAGUCAAUAGGUAUAUAUGAUGCCAAUAAUUCAUUAUAAAAAAUAUCUUUACAAUUAACUCCUUUCUGUUAUGUUGAAGAAGAAUGCGCCUAAGAUGAUUUAUAUAUAACUUUACUUGAUUAGCCAUAAAAGAUUUGGAACAAAUUAUAUGAAAAAUUUAUAUUUUAACAUUGUUGUGUAAUUAGCAACUGUAUCAAUUAGUAGUUUUAAAUUUUGCAACAUUUUAUUAAUAUGAUUUAAUUUAGAAAGCAUAGUUUCUGAUGAAUAUAGUUACCACUCUGAUAGUAAAUUUUUAAUACUACAGUUUAAUUUAAAGUACACUUAUGCUUCAGAAGUUCCUCUUCAGUUUUUAAAUUAUACAAUUUUAAAUAUAAUUUAUAGUAUCUAACACAUGUAGCUGUAUUAUUUUCUGAAAUUCUUACUAAAUUUUUUUUUGCAUUUUGCCUAAAUUUUUACAUGAUGUUGGUUUCACUGAAGAAUGAAAGUGAAAAUAUUUUACCCUCACAAUAUUUAUAUUGUAAAUAAAUUAUGUAGCUUUUAUUAAUUAAAAAUUUUUAUGUUGCAUUCAACAUUUUGAAAUGUGAAUUGUUGUAUAACACUGAAGUCUUAUACCAUAUGCAAAUAAAUUAAAUAUCUUCAAAAUCUUAAAGUUCCGAAUAAUUAACUAAAAAAUUUCCAUUGUUAGUUUUAAGUGAUAAAGUAAAUACUGUUUAGUAUGGAAUUAUUUUAGAUUUUAUGGGAUUAUUCAAACGAAUUUUUGAACUAAAAUAGGAUCUUUUUCCCACUGAAUUAUGUCUAUGAUAGGAAUAAUUUCUGAAUUUCUGCAGUUGGUUUCAGCUAGUAGUACUUGUAUUCUUUGCUCAGUUUAUCUAUAUGUAAGUUUCUGUACUGAUUGUACUCAAUUAGUCUUAUAUAAGUAUUCACUAUCAAGAUUUGCUUUAGACAUGACACUGUAUGUUGCAUUAUAUUGUUUCGAGAUUAUUGCAGUUUUGAUAAAGUAAUUGUUUUUAUCUAGAUUAUUUUUUCUGUGAAUUUUUCUAUUAAAUAUUAAAAUCCCAUAUUGUUUUGUUUUGUAAGUAUAAUUGUGGGAAAUAAUUUUCUAGUUUGUAAGUGAUACAAUUUCUUCAGUGUUAUCUUUUUAAUGUUAGCUUGUUUUAAAAGAGCAUUACCUGUUAUACUUUUCAGAGAAACUUACCUGCAGAUUUUAUAUAAUUUUAGUGUAACGUACUUGUUAUGAUAACAUGAUUGUUGAAUGUCAUUCCAAAAAUUGUAAAAUUAAUUCACGUUUAACAUUUCUUAAAUAGCCUUAUCAAUUUUUUCCCAUUUAUUUAUUUUACAAUCUUCAUUUUUAUGCCUUUUCAACUGAAUGAAAUAUCAUUAAAUGUAGGUUUUCGGGGAAAAAAGAGGCUUCUAAUAUUUCAAAAAUUUCUUUAAAGCAGUAUCUUUAGUGAAAAUAAAAGGCAUUGCCCUACUAAGAGCUAUAGCAAGGCUGUAAUGUUUACCAUUCAACUGUAUUUUACCUUUAGAUAAAUAACUCAUGAAAGAGAAAGUUUAUGUGUGGAUAUUACUAUGAAAGUGCUAUAAGCUUAUUCUAUUUAAUCUUUGCUAUCAUUUCUGGUUUAAAAAUAAUAUGAUGCCAUUUGAAAAGAACUGCAUUACAAUAACAAUAACGAAGUUUUGAGAUAUUUUCUAAAUUCACCCUUUAAAUUAAUUGAUGUAAUUACAUAGAUAUAAGAAUUUAGCCUCACCCAAAUGAAGCUUUCCAGAUGUAAACCUGAAUAGUAAGAUAAACUGGUGACACAUAAUCGUUUUUAGAUUGAAGGCAUUUGACAUCUAGUUUAAGGUAUCUGUUAAUUUUAACCUUUUCGUCACAAUCUUCAGAUAUAUCAUAAUGAACAUUUUAAUUUGUAUAUCUGAAUGUUAUUCUGCAAGCUUAAUCAGCUGUCUUGAGUUAAAUCAAUUUAAUUUAAAAAUGCAUUUUUUAAUUUAAAAUUUGAUUAGUUGAGUAGUUCAGUUUUAAAUAUCUUAUGCAUGUACAAAUUGAUAAUAAUUCUUAAAUUUUUUCCACUUUAUAAUAACAUUAAAGAAAGAAAUCAUUUGAAAUUUUAAGUCUAUUUUAUGAAUCAUGGUUGAGUGUUCAAGGCAGGUAGUGGUUAUUAUUUAAUUAUUUACAUAAGUUAAAUAUUAUUACAUCAGUUAUUACUUGAUUAUAGUUUUUAUAUUCCUUUUUUUCAAUAAAAUAUCCAUGUAGUCAGCAUAUUAAUUUUAAUCCAUUUAAAUUUUCGUGUUAAUUUCUGUAUCAGUCUUUCUAUUUUUAGAUUAAUUUUUUUUCCAUAGUACUUGAACUUUUUAGUAAUGCUUAGUUCCUGGAUUAAUUACUGAAUCUUUUUAGGGCCUUUAUUCAUGCAACCUUAGUUAAAAAACUUGACAAGCAAAAGUAAAUUUUGUGUUGUUGCCACAUCUAAGCUAGGCAUUGGUCACAUGUUUGUGACUUGUAUCGACAUUUAUAAGCUUCUGGUAUUAGUGUAUGAAGGCAGUUUCUUUGCUUGUCUGAUUAUCUAGUUUUUUGGAAAACCCAUGGAGAUAAGAAAGGAAGGAGUGGCCAGCUCGGCAGUAAGAGUGAAGCACUGCUUCGAAGCUUCAGUCUCUAGAUGGGGUGUUUUUUAUUUACAUUCAGAAGCUUACUUGACAGUGCUUUGAUAGUAUUUCGACACACUAUAGUUCCAUACAAAUCGAAAAAUGGACAUUUCCGCAUGAAAGAAACAUUUAUUGUGUGAUAGAUAAUAGCAAUUUACGUUUGGUGACAGUUACACAAAAAUUACAUCUUGGUUAUUUUUUGAGAACUAACAGCAACAAUUUUGAUUAUUAAUUUGUUUUAUAAAAUUCUAAGCUGUUGAACUACAGAAAUAUAGAUUUUAGCAAAAAUCUUAUGCUUAAAGAAUGAAAAAUACUUUAUGGAACCUUUAAAAUUGUAUACGUCUUUCGAUACCCUUUAUAAAGUAUUCGUUACUUUUAGUUUUCCAAAUGCCAAAAUGUUUUAAAUAAAAUAAUUUUUUGUCAUCCACAUAAUAUUGUGACGUACUUUUUAAAAAUUUGUAGAGGAGAGAGGCUUUAUAGUUGCUCAUUUUAAACUUAUCAUUUUAUUUUUAUAUAACUUAAAGAUAAUCACUUUGGAUUUACAUGUUUUACUUAUUUGCAUUAAUUAAAAAAUAAAAUUACCACCAAAUGCCACAAUCCUCAUCAAAAUUAAUAAAUAUACAUGCAGAUAUGCCAAUAAGUAAGCUUUUUUUUAAUUUAUAACCACCCAUUUGUGUAAAAUUAUGUGAAGUUUUACACAAAUAUAUGAAACAGAAGACGGAUACAUUUGUGAAUUCGGCGGAAGUACAAUGUGCAGUCAAGAUGAUGUGAACAUGCCACAUCAUCAAGACAGCAUAUUAAAAAUUUGAAAAUAGGGUAAUUGGACGGAGGUGAAAAUAUUUGUGUAUCCUGUAACUUUAACAUUGAAUUAAAACAUAAAUUGAAAUCGUGUUGAUAAAUAUGUUAUAAAACUAUUUAAGCAAGAAUUGUUCAUACUGGAAAGCAAUCUGUUAAAAGAUAUUGUAAAGGGAAUUCUAUGAGAUGCGUACUUAAGAAAGUAAUAAAGAAGAGUUCUAGAAUAUAUAUUGUUGAAAUUAAGGGUAAAAAAAAUCUGAUAAGUAUAAUUAAAAGAAUUAUUCCCCAUACAUUUUAUAAGAACUCAGUUACAAGUUCUAAAUAAUAUUUUUUAAAAAUUAUUUUUUCUUUCCAUUCAGAAAUGUUCAGAGAAAGUUAAAUACUAUUUAACGCAUUUCGCUAUUAAAAUAAAAGGUGCUGUAAUUUGAAAUGGACCAAUUA